AUGAAGGUCUUCAUCUGUCUCCUGGCCACCAUUUGUGCCUGCAACGCCACCUUCCUGUCCUUCUUGGGCGGCGGAGGAGGAGGCGGCGGUGGCAGCAAGACAACCUACAAUGUGAUAGCCACUCCCAGUUCCGGAGGAGGUGGUGGUGGAGGAGGUCACGGGUAUGCCCAAGCUCAUGGCUACUCCCAUGGUGGCGGCGGACAUGGCGGUCACGGUGGACACGGCGGUGGCUCUGCGCAGAUCAUCAAGGUCAUUCUGCAGGAGGGUCAGGGUUACAGCAACGGCGGUGGAUCAGCAGGUGGCAUUGUGUCCACUGACCACAGCUACGGUCAUGGACAUGGCUAUGCCAGUGGUCACUCAUAUGGACAUGAUCAUGGUUCCCACUCCUAUGGCGGCCAGCAGGCGCAGACCAUCUACAAGAUCAUCGAGCAGGCCCCAGCUCCGGUUUCGAUACCCGCUCCUGCUCCCAUUCCCAUUCCCAUCUCGGUGCCUGUGGCCGCUCCUGCUCCAGUUGCUCCCAUUGCCUAUCAUGCUUCCGGUGGAUCGGGAGGUUACUCCUAUGGUCAUGGUCACUCGCACAGCUACGGACAGUCUUAUGCUUCUGGACAUGGCUAUGGUGGCUCCUCCUCCUUCGAUGCCCAGCAAUUCAAUGCCAUCCUGCCACAGAUCCUUCAGCUGGUGCUGCAGGAGGACUCCCUGGGCGGAGGUGGAGGCGGUGGCUCGGCCGAUGUGGCCGCCAUCAAUGGUCAGCUGAUCAACACGUUCGGAUCCAAGGGCAAGGCCAUCAUCAUGAAGGCGGAUCAGGCGCAGGGAGCCUUCUUCAAGAGCGGCCAUGUGGUGCAGCGUGGCACCCUGAAGGUGAUGCGUGUCCAGGAGCAGCAGCAGCAGCAGGGACAGAACGGAGGUGGCCUUAAGGGCGGCUGGGGUUCAUCCUCCUCCUCCUCCGGCUCUUCGGGAGGCGGCUGGAGCAGUGGUGGCUCUUCCGGCUGGAGCAGCGGUGGUUCCGCCUCCGCCUGGUAG